UUCUCUAAGUAUGCCUGCCAUCCCCAGCCCUGAGGAUCCUCUGACCUUCCCACAGCGGGUGAAUAAAUCCCCCUCCCAACCCCCGCCUCUGCUCAGGGGUCCCAAAGGAAGCUGCGGGCUUCCCAGCCUGCUUUGGCUUCCAUUCAUUCCGUGUUCACAAAGCCCCCCGGCUCUGACGUCAGCUCCCCUUAGCUCGGCCAGCCCCGGCGCAAGCUGAGCUCCAGUGGCGCGAGCCCGAAGCCAGAGAGAGCGAGAGACAGAGCCUGGCUUUCCCCUGCCCGCUCACCCCCGCCCGCGUGGAGCUCGCUGCUGCACGUGCCCUUCUCCCCCCCCUUUCCUUGUGCCAGCCCCGACUUAGCCGGGAGAGAGAGCGAGCAGCGGCCACAGCUCCAAGGCAAUACCUGCAAACUUGACCAAGCCUCCCAGCCUAGCGUCUACAACCCCCUGCACGACAAGCCAGCGCCAGAAGCAUCCACUCCCCUUUCCCAGCCAUGGCGAUCACCAGACCAGAAAUGGAAAUUGGCAGGUACCACUGGAUGUACGAGAGUUCAAGGCCACACCAGUACCGGCAUGUGCCAGCUCUGAGAGACAGUGUUAGUCCUUUGAGCGCUCCAGGGUGCUUUGAAUGCUGCAUCAAGUGUCUGGGAGGAGUGCCCUAUGCUUCCCUUGUGGCCACCAUUCUCUGCUUCUCUGGAGUCGCUUUGUUUUGCGGCUGUGGACACGUUGCCCUAGCUGGGACCAUAUCCAUUCUGGAGCAGCACUUCUCCACAAAUGCCAGUGACCAUGCCCUACUGAGUGAGGUGAUACAGCUGAUGCAGUAUGUCAUCUAUGGAAUCGCAUCCUUUUUCUUCUUGUAUGGGAUCAUUCUGUUGGCAGAAGGCUUUUACACCACGAGUGCAGUGAAAGAGCUGCAUGGGGAGUUUAAAACAACAGUCUGUGGCCGGUGCAUCAGUGGAAUGUUUGUUUUCCUCACCUAUGUGCUUGGAUUGGCCUGGCUUGGGGUCUUUGGCUUCUCGGCUGUGCCAGUCUUUAUGUUCUAUAACAUAUGGUCAACUUGUGAAGUCAUCAAAUCCCCUCAGACAAAUUCAACAGCAACGGGGAGCCAGAUCUGUGUGGAUAUCAGGCAAUAUGGUAUCAUCCCUUGGAAUGCCUUGCCAGGCAGGGCAUGUGGCUCAACCUUAGAAAGCAUCUGCAACACGAAUGAGUUCUAUAUGUCCUAUCACUUGUUCAUCGUGGCCUGUGCUGGAGCUGGUGCCACUGUGAUUGCACUGAUCCACUUCCUCAUGAUACUGUCUUCUAACUGGGCUUACUUAAAGGAUGCAAGCAAAAUGCAGGCCUACCAGGAUAUCAAAGCAAAAGAAGAACAGGAACUUCAGGAUAUCCAGUCUCGGUCAAAAGAACAGCUCAAUUCUUACACAUAAAUGUUUGCCAGAGUAAUUCAACAGAAGAAUUUAUAACUCUGACAAAUCAUCAAACGGCUGCUCUGCAAUACAGAUGUAUAUCCACCAAACAAACAUAGGAGUACAAAAACUUCACUGUCAAGCUCCUGGGACUUGUUUCUAGGAAAACCUUCCACUGGGUAAAUCUUUCUUCCUUUAGAACAGAUAUUGGAGGUUUCAUGUCAGCCAUUUUAAAAGGCAACACUUUUGACACAAUGAUUGUUUAUAACCCUUCUGAGAUUAAUGAAUGGCAUUCCCACAUUUCACUUUGCCUCUGUUGGUGUGGUCACUGUAACAAUGGGAAUCACUCAUGCUCUUUAGUAGGAGCUCUCAACUUUCCAGCAUUAGGAAGUUUAUCUAAGUACAUAUAAAUGCCAAUAGUAACCUACCUACCAAGAUCCCUUUCUGACAGCUAAUAUUUGUUAAAUUUUGGCUCUUUUAAGUUUUUCAUAAGGUGACUAAAUUUAUUUUUCUCUCUGAGUGAGCUGGCUUUCUGAUUUGUCCACAUACAGGACACAUUAAUUCCCUGAGCCAGUCAGAAGGCAGCUAUUCAGAAAUGCCUCAAUGAGCCACUAUAAUUCUGCCAUACUUACUGCUGGAACAACCUCAAUUCUCAUUCAUGGGGCAAGCCCUGUAGAAUUUGUUUUAUACAUCAUUCAGUUUUAAUAAAACAGUGUGACCCAAUAAUGGUUUUUUUUUUUCCUAAAUGCCAGCUUUGCCUUAAUGUAAAUUUCUUCUAAAUUUCUAAGAAUUUAUAUAAGAGGAGAUGACCAUGACUUCUUCAUGGUACCUCAUUUCACAAAUUUCCUUUCUUAAUUAAGAAGUGUUACCUUAUUAAAAUGACCACCAUCAAAAACCAUUCAAAGAUGGUCUAGAUAGUAAGUUUAAAGUUUCAUACCAGCUAUCUAAAAUCAAAUUACAAGUAGACCACAGACCUCCUGCUUUUCUAGAACUUGAAACCUAAAUUAGAAUUUAUAUUUAUUUUGUUUUCCUUAAAUAAAUCGUACGUAUGACCCCAAAAUAGUGAAGUUCAAUGUUCAGCAAGAAAGCUGCUAGAGUUUAAGCCAUUUAAGAGAAACUUGCCUUCAAAAUCAUUGUGUUUCAGAAGCAUUAAGUGAUUAUUGGGUAUUAGUGAUGGUAAAUUUUGUGUUGUUCUUUAUGAAAUGAUAAAUAUAGCUGUUGGGAAUAUCAGUGCUUUUUAAAAGAAGCUACAUUUAACUACUGUAUAUUCAUGUUUAAAGUUAACUUGUGGUUUGACUGUUUCCUGGAUAUUAAAACACAUACCUGUGUGAAAAUGUAUAAAAGUGAAAGGAAGCAUACAUUACUUAGAAGCUAUUAAAACUGAUCUUUUAUCAGGUACUACAUUUCAUUUGGAUCAUUAAAUUUAAUUAAAUGCUUAAUUUAACCCUUUUUACAUUGGGGGAGGCUCUCUUCUACAUAGAGCAAGUGACAGAAUAAUUUAAGUGUUUGUUUUCCUGUUGCAUGAAGGAGACUUAAAUAUUUUUCACAGCAGUGCAGGUGCUGUCAUAUAGUCCAGUGUUCUCAUAGAAGAGUAAUGGAGGCAGUGUCUUAAAGCCUAAUUCUUUUUCUAAGUCUAGGUAGCUAUUACUGGGAGUUUUUGAAAGUUUCGUUUUAAGUAGUCUAAUAUUUUUUAUGUAAAGAUCAUUAAAUUUUGCUAUGUAUAAAUUUUUGUAACCUAACAGUGAAUCAAUAUUUUCUAUCAGUGCCAAGGGCUUCCUGUAGUUAUAUUCAAGUGUUACAAUAAAUAUUUGUAGAUAAUAGAGCCAACAUGUGUAUGCUUAUUUUAAGAUUUUAUCUAGGCAAAAAUAGUUGUGGCUGUACUGAUAGUAACAAAAUAAAAUUAUAGCUUCCUUCAUUUGGUGUUUUAGCAUACAUAAACUUUUUUUGGCUUUGUCUUUGGAUUGGCUGUCUUAAAGUAAUGUAAUAACUAAAUGUAUUGAAAUUUCAUACUAAUUAGUUAACAAAAUGUUUGUUGGAGGGUUGCAUGGUUUGGUAAAAUUAUAUUUAAAGCAAGAAUAAUUGAAGAGAGCUCUGUAAGUCUUUGGAUUGUGUUUUGCAAAAGCUGCAUUUGCUAUAUGAUAUUGAGAUCUCAUAGUUCCAUGGAACUAUACAUUUUUCAAAUCAAAUUUCACUAGUAAUUACUUACGUUAUCAACAGUGUUAGAGAAUAUAUAUGCCUAUGAGAUUAACAGAGCCUAGACUUUUAUUUCAAGAUUUUUGAGACUGACUUGGUGAAAGGACCUCAGAAAGGAACAGUUUGCCUUUCUGAAACUGUCUUAAGUAAAGGUGCUUCAAAGUUA